AUGAAGGAACUGGGUAGAGGUAGCCUUCUGGAAAGUUUGAGAGGACGUAUAACUCUUCAAGUGCACGAAGGAGAUUCUGGAGUGUGUGGUUAUGAACUGGAAAUUCAACCUUAUUUCCAUUGGGAAGAUGUUCAUGCAUCAAACGUUCAGACCAGCAAAAGAUGUGACACCGUGACUCUUGAAAAAGUAUCAUCUGGGAAAAAAGCAGCAGCUACAGCAAAAGAAAAAUAUUCCUUACAGGAGUUUGAUGCAGAAUGUAUGUCACUGUUUAAAGUGGCCAAUUUUAAAUCCUCGAAAAGACCUCAGGUGAUUGAUGUAGAAACUGCAGUUCAUGCUAAAAAGGAUGGCAGCACUUCAGAUUGCUUUUCAACAAACCUAUCACCAUUUCUUGAAGCUACAGGUCAGAAAAGUUUGUCAGAUGAGAAUCAAGAAAAUAUGGGUGCAGCCCUCAACACAAAUAUUCAAGGAAGGGCUUGUAUCAAUCCUGAAAAGGCUACGACAAAAAUAAUUCAUCCUGCUCCUGAAAAUUGUAUACCAAAUGGACAGUGUGUGGAUUCUGGCUAUGGCUGUUUUGCAGAUGAUUCAUAUCUUUCAUCUUUAUUUUAUCUACCAGUGCCAGAGAUUGAUUUGUUUAGAUUUUCUGAAACAAAUGCAGAUGAAAACUUUUCCUGGGGAAAAGACAUCCAGAUGAAUGUAGCAAGACUUCUGUCACAGUCCCCGCCAUCUCUGGACGAAUGGUUUGCUUCUGAGGAAAAGAGGGUGAAUGAAGGCCUGGCGCUUGAUUCCUUACAGCAAUGUGUUUCCAGCAAGUCUAAAGACAAUAUUUCAGAGAAAAAUGUAUGCUUCAAGAAUGUGCCCAUUUUACCUCAGAACAGCUGUGAACUCUUAAAUACCCGUAAAUUGUGUUCAGUGGAUACCUGUCCUUUGGAAACAAAUAAAAUUCCAGAUACUUUCCUUAGCAGUAUAAAUGAUCUUAGCUGGGAUGACAUCUUUGAAGUUGAAACCGAAGAAGAGAAUGGAAUUCAAGGGUCAAAAGUAAACAAUAGUCCACUGCUGAAUUCUUUGAAAAGGAAUAAUGGUAAAAGUUGUGAAAAAACAUGCAAACCACCUGGAAGAAAUGUAAACCCUGAGGAAGAUUGUUCUAUGCAUUUAUUGGGAAGUCAUGCACAGACCAACCAUCCACCAGUUGAAAAAAUGGGGGCACCUUCAGAAUUAUCUGGCUUGUGUAGUCAAGCCAACAUGCAGAGUAAUAGACCAAGAACUCCUGAAUGGCAAUUUUCUGACCCACUUGCUUCUGUUCGCAAUACAAAUCCCACAACAUCAUUGACACCACAUAGAGAUGAAGUAGAAGUCCCUGGUGAACUUGAUCAUGGAAGCAAAGCAAAUCCCCAUGAUUAUGAGCAGCUGUAUAAUGCUUCUGAGGAUUUGUUCUCUGUUAACUUUGAUCUUGGAUUUUCUUUUCAAGAGUCAGAAGACGAUGCCUUAGAGCAGAUGAAUCCCAUGAAAAAUAAGGGGAGCCCUGCAGCUGGUCAUUCCAACAGGGUUGAAGCCUUGUUCUCAAAUAGUAGUUUGGUAAAUAAAUAUCCCGGUAAUGAAUGUUUUAAUAAUGUGACUAAAUCUUCUACACCAUUAAACAUGCAAAACCACAAUCCUGGUCUAGCUGCUAUUUCUUUGGCAUCUCCUUUCACACCAGCAACUCACAGAUUUUACCAGUCACCAAACCACGUAAAAACUGUGUGUUCAACACCAACAGGUGGACAAAUGAUACAUACUUCUUGCUCUAGAAAUAAUCAAGAAAGCUCACAUAUGAGAGCUUCAAGAAAAGCAAACACCAGCAUAGUUAAAGUCUUGGCCAAAACGGCUUUUGGAGUAAAGGAUCUUCCAUCCCAUGAACCUGGGGACAGCAGUGAGAAGGAAGAAUUUUCUUUUCUUAACAGAAAAAAGAGAAAAACAAAAAUUUUGAGAACUUCAGAUGUUAGUGACUGUGACAUUGAAUCACCAAUUCAUGCUGUCAAGAAACGGAAACGUCCACUCAUUGCCUCAGAUAUCUCUAGUGAUGAAAGCACAGAUUUUGCUAAGAUAUUAAACCCAGUGUUGCAGAACAGAAAGAACUAUAUCAAGAAGCCAGUUCAAGAUACGAAAAGGCAGAAGAAAGGAGAUAGACCUCUGAUCAAAAAUUUAGCCAAACACUUCAUAGACGAGGAGGCAGAACUUUCUGAAGAUGGGGUGGACAUUUCGUCUGAUGAGAGUAUAAAAUCAGAAGAUGAAUUGAGGUCUUCCCUUGUCCAGUUUCUUGAUGAUGAGACGCAAAUUGCUCAAGAUUUAAAUGAAUCUGAGAUGCAGGCAGUUUAUCUGAAAUCUGUACGCAGUCCAGCUGUUGGCAACAAGUAUAAGAUGGUGCAUAAAGAAUUCAAUCCAAUAACAGUUUUCUCACAGAUUCCAGAGCAAGACGAAUGCUACGUAGAGGACAGCUUCUGUGUUGAGGACAAUGAAGAGGAUAACCCCAAAAGCAGUUCCAGUGAUGAAGACGUGCACAUCAAUUUUGACCUUUUAGGGGAAGAAAGCUUUGUGAACGGGAGAAAACAGUACCAAACCCGUCACAGGAAAAAAAUGAAAGUGGUCCAUGUGAAGCAGAAAACAGGAACUCCAUUAGCCCCAAAGAGGUUAACUAGGGUUCGUAUUCUUAACGGAUCUAGUGAAGAUGAGGAAGCUGAUAAAAAGGAAGAGCAGAUGGAAUCACGAGUCAGUGUUAAAGUUGAUAAGGAUUCUAAUGUUACUUCCUUAACUAAAGACCAGACUCUGCCCCAAAAAUGCUCAGUUCUAAAACCCCAAGAAAGCCAUGCCCAGGUAUGCUUGGCACCAAAAGUUUUUUUGCCGGAACAAUCACAUUUUCCUCUUCAAAGCAAAUAUCAGUGCAAAUCAGAGCUUGUGGGUGAACAGUUCCAGAUUAUACCGAAGCCAGAAACAUCUUUGGGGAACCCUCCUGGACUCUCUUCUUCUUCUUCUUCCUCCUGGACUCUAAAGAAUUCAAAGAACCAAGCACCUCUGUGCAUUCUGGUGGAUAACCAUGAGAUCUCCUCUGGGCCAGAAGUUAUUUCAACCCUGAAAACUGUUCACGGAGUCAAGGUUGAGAUUUGUUCUCUGGGUUCCUGUGAUUAUAUUGUCAGCAACCGUCUGGCGGUGGAAAGGAAGUGCCAGGCAGAAUUGGUCAACAAUAUACAUCACAGUAAAAUGGUCCAGCGGAUGCAACAGCUGAAGAACAAGUUCGAUAGGAUCUGUAUAAUUGUGGAGAAGGAAAGAAUUAGGACAGGAGAGGCAUGGAAGGUAUUCCACAGAACCAAGCACUAUGAUGGCAUGUUAUCAGCAUUCAUUCAGGCAGGAAUCAAAGUGCUCUUCAGUGCCUGCCAAGUGGAAACUGCUGACUUGCUAAAGGAACUAGCUUUGGUGGAACAGCGGAAGAACGCAGCCAUCCGUGUGCCAACAGAAGUGGAGGGACCCCGACAGGAUGUUUUCCGUUUCUAUUUGAGCAUUCCCUGCGUCAGCUAUACCCUGGCUCUGGCCUUGUGCCACCAUUUUGGUUCUUUAAAAGAGGUGGCAAACAGUACCCCAAGGGAGAUGGCAGGCCGCACUCAGGUCAAUCAGCAGAAAGCAGAGGAAGUAUACCGCUACAUCCAAUACACCUUUGACACUCAGAUGUUGCCCAUGAUUGUCACAUGACCCUCUAUAAAUCAAAGUGGGGCAUCCCUUUUAAAAAGAAGCACUUUAUUACUACAUUCCUUCAGUGUAAGAUAUGUAAAUAAAAUUUCAAACAAAACGA